GCGGAGCCUCACGUGCACGCGGACUCAGUGAGCGCAGCGCGUCGGACACGAGGAGCUGGAGAGAAGCGCACCAGCGGCACAGCGCAUGAAUCCCAUCCUUCUCUCCCCAUUCCCGGGUUCCUCUGCGUCUCGUCCGGUCCCAGUCGGAUGCUGGGUGCGAUCCAUCCCCGCGUCGAGAACACACGUCUGACGGACCAACCAUGGACAGCCUAGGCAGCCGCUGUAAGAUCGUGGUGGUCGGGGACACGCAGUGUGGGAAGACCGCUCUCCUGCACGUUUUUGCCAAGGACUGCUACCCAGAGAACUACGUCCCCACUGUGUUUGAAAACUACACGGCCAGCUUCGAGAUAGACAAGCAGCGGAUUGAGCUGAAUAUGUGGGACACGUCAGGUUCCUCUUAUUACGACAACGUGAGGCCGCUCGCGUAUCCCGACUCAGAUGCGGUACUCAUCUGUUUCGACAUCAGCCGCCCCGAGACUCUGGACAGUGUCAUAAAAAAGUGGCAAGGAGAGACCCAGGAGUUUUGUCCCAAUGCCAAGGUGGUGCUGGUGGGCUGCAAACUGGACAUGAGGACGGACGUCAACACCCUGAGGGAACUCUCCAAGCAGCGGCUCAUCCCCGUCACCCACGAACAGGGAAGCACGAUAGGUCGACAGAUGGGGGCGGUGGCCUACGUGGAGUGCACCUCCAAGGUUUCGGAGAACAGCGUCCGAGACGUGUUCCACAUCACCACGCUGGCGUCGGUGCAGCGGACGCACAAGCCGCAGCUCAAACGCAGCAGUUCCCGCCGGGGCUUGAAGCGAGUGUCUCAGCUGCCCCUGCCGCCGCUGCCCGGCCGGACUGAGCAGAUCGACCAGGCUCCGACCAUCAGGAAGGACCGAGCCAAGAGCUGCGUGCUCAUGUAGAGACCCAUUCUUCUAAAUAUAUAUAUAUGUAUAUACCUAAACACAGAAAUAUAUAUAAGAGGAAGUCUAUUUAUUGUUUUUUGAUUUGUUUUUCCCCCUCAUGUUUUCAUUUCUUUGCACUGCAGAGUGGUUGGGGAUAAAAGAAACACUGCGCUGUGAAAACUAAAUGCUUUGGGAUUUUCUUUUUUUUUUGCCUGUGUGCAUAUUUUCUAAGCUGUUUACAUAUUUGUGUUGUUUUGAGAUGAUGGCAAAUUGGACUAACUCUCCGGACACGUGGAAGCUGUGACAGUGGAAGUGUCGUCUCGUCCUGGGUAUUAAAGAGGAACUCAUUUCCUGAAACGGCUCAAGUGAAAGGACGGUACUGCGGCGGAGCGGGGGUUGAGGAGAUGGACGUGAGAGGAGCCACAGUGAAGACGGACGUCUGUGGAUGAAACUUUCAAAGACAAUAUCGCUGAGCGCACAUGAGGACUGAAUGUGCAGCUUCAGUCUGUAGUUGCCUCCUGUCGCCAUAUCUGAGAGAGAAACGUGUAUGUACAGUCUUGCUGAAAAGGGAUUAGGUGAAACGAUGAGUCAAACCAAACAUUAGGAGCUGGAAAUGAGAUUUUGUGACACUGAUGGAAGUUCUGUGAAGGUGUGUGUGUGAGAGAGCGUUACAACCACAAGUGCAUUUUAAGAAUAAAGAAAAAUGCCACAGCACAGCCAAUCUGAUGUUAUUUUGCUCAUGUUAACACCAACGACUCCAACUUGUGUCAGUUUCACUGAAGUUAAUGCUGUUGUCACUAUUUUAAAGUUGUUUCUUUGUGGAAAAUAAAGUGAGAAAAUGUUAGGGCUAUUUUGUUGUACUUUCUCUAAACUCUGAAAUAAAGCAGCAGCUUGACCCUA